AUGCCAGAUUGUGGGGAAGAUCCAUAUAAGAAAGAGACAUGUUGCUACAGCAAAGAUGGCACACCAAGCAAAGAUGGCACACCAAGCAAAGAUGGCACACCAAGCAAAGAUGGCACACCAAGCAAAGAUGGCACACCAAGCAAAGAUGGCACACCAAGCAAAGAUGGCACACCAAGCAAAGAUGGCACACCAAGCAAAGAUGGCACACCAAGCAAAGAUGGCACACCAAGCAAAGAUGGCACACCAAGCAAAGAUGGCACACCAAGCAAAGAUGGCACACCAAGCAAAGAUGGCACACCAAGCAAAGAUGGCACACCAAGCAAAGAUGGCACACCAAGCAAAGAUGGCACACCAUCAAAGAUGGCACACCAAGCAAAGAUGGCACACCAAGCAAAGAUGGCACACCAAGCAAAGAUGGCACACCAAGCAAAGAUGGCACACCAAGCAAAGAUGGCACACCAAGCAAAGAUGGACACCAAGCAAAGAUGGACACCAAGCAAAGAUGGCACACCAAGCAAAGAUGGCACACCAAGCAAAGAUGGCACACCAAGCAAAGAUGGCACACCAAGCAAAGAUGGCACACCAAACAAAGAUGGCACACCAAGCAAAGAUGACACACCAAGCAAAGAUGGUACACCAAGCAACGAUGGCACACCAAGCAAAGAUGGCACACCAAGCAAAGAUGGCACACCAAGCAAAGAUGGCACACCAAGCAAAGAUGGCACACCAAGCAAAGAUGGCGCACCAAGCAAAGAUGGCGCACCAAGCAAAGAUGGCGCACCAAGCAAAGAUGGCACACCAAGCAAAGAUGGCAAACCAAGUAAAGAUGGCACACCAACAACCUUUAUGUAUACAGUAACACUUGCAUGUACAGAUAUACUGAAAUAA